AUUGACUCAUUUUGAUGCAACAAGUGACGUCAUUACAGGAUAUGACGUCUUGAAAAUGCGACACAUUUCGGUGUAUUGAAAAGAAAGUGCAAGGAGCCGAACCACAAUGAAUUCUCGAGGUGUCCGAUCUCAGAUGAAAGACAGCGUACCUGUGGCAGGCUUGUGUGCACAGGGGGAUUAUGGAGUACAUGAUACCUUGCGUAGUGGUUUCAGCAGUGUGAAGAAUGACAUUAUUCCUGCCCACCCACUGGAGCUGGCUGAAAAAAAUUUUGAGCUGAAUCAAGACAAGAUGAAUUUCUCUAGCCUCAGGAACAUCCAAGGUCUUCAUGCCCCUCUCAAGUUGCAGAUGGAGUAUAGAGCAGCGAGACAGAUCCAGCGUCUGCCAUUCUUGCAAAGCUCCAACCUGGCACUGGACACGCUCCGAGGAACUGAUGAGAACAUCGGCUUUGAGGACAUCCUCAAUGAUCCAACACUGAGUGAAACAAUGGGUGAGCCACACAUGAUGGUGGAAUACAAGCUGGGAUUUCUUUAGAAGAUCAUCCAUGUAGGUUUUUGUUUGACCGCCACAUAUUUUGUAUGAUUUUCAAACUCAAUGGCAGAUAUAAUAAAUGUCUUUAAAAACGUU